AUGGCGCCCAACGACAAAGCGGGCAGAGUUGUUUUCAUCGGCAACAUUCCCUACGGCGGCACUGAAGAGCUCAUCAUCGAAACCCUCGGGCGCGUCGGACAGGUGCUCAACUUUCGCUUGGUGUACGACAAGGAAACCGGGCGCCCCAAGGGCUUUGGGUUCGCAGAGUUCGCCGACGCUGACGCCGCAGCCUCCGCCGUGCGCAACCUCAACGACUACGAUUUGAUGGGCAGGAAGCUGAGGGUCGACUGGUCCAACGAGAGCGGCUCCGGCGACAACGCGCCUUCCAAUCGCGACCAGACCACACAGCCAGCCAUGAACGGCCAACAACCCGCAGCGCCAGCACCGGCGCAACCGUCGAGCGCGCUGGGCCCUCUUCCACCAGGCGUCGAGCUGCCGCCCAACCUCACCUGCCCCGAUGCCAUCUCGCGCACCCUCUCCACGCUCCCUCCCGACCAGCUCCUCGAUAUCCUCUCGCAGAUGAAAGGCCUCGUCAUGACGGAUCCCGCCAAGGCGACGGAGUUGCUGCGACAAGCGCCUCAGCUGGCUUAUGCCAUCUUUCAGUCGCUACUGCUCCUCCAGCUGGUCGACCCACAAAUCCUGACCUCGCUUGUGGAGACAUCGGCCGCGCCUGCCCCAGUUGCGCAGGCUCCACCUGUUCAGCAAGUACAGCAGCCACCACCGCAAGUUGCGCGACCGCCUGUGAACUACCCCGGAUACCCACCACAAGUCGCGCCUACACCUCCCCAAACUCAGCCACCCGUCGCGCAGCCGUACGCGCAGCCUCCACAGCAGCAGCAACCACAAGCGCCUGGAAUGGACCAGCAGGCGCUGUAUGCCCAAGUCAUGGCGCUGUCGCAGCAGCAGAUUGAUCAACUAGCACCAGAGCACCGCGCCCAAAUCCUGCAAAUACGGCAGAUGUUGAUGGCUGGUGGGCGGCCCUAG